AUGUGCCCCACCCCGCCUUCUUUCGACUACGAUUUCAUUGUCAUUGGCGGGGGAUCUGGAGGACUGGCGAGUGCAAAGGAGGCUGCAGCGUGUGGCGCUCGCGUCGUCGUGUUCGAUUUCGUCAAGCCUUCUACCCAGGGGACGCAUUGGGGGCUUGGCGGAACUUGCGUGAAUGUCGGCUGCGUGCCAAAGAAACUGAUGCAUUACGCAGCUGGCAUGCAACAAAUCCUCUCUUGGGAUUCCAAAAAGAUGGGGUGGAGCGACUUCGAGAAGAUUGACGAAGAAACUGGAGAACCCGUACAAGUGCAUGAACACUGCAACUGGACGAGACUCGUGCAGUGUGUUCAGGCGUAUGUGAAGCAGCUGAACUUCAGCUAUCGGACAGGCCUUCGCGCAGCCGGCUGCACAUAUAUGAAUGCCCUUGCCACCAUCAAGGAUCCGCAUUCAGUGGAAUACGAGGAAAAAGGCAUUAAGAAGCGCGUGACUGCCAAACACAUUCUUGUUGCAGUUGGCGGCCGUCCUUCCAUCCCGGAUUCAGUGCAGGGGGCCCAAGAAUUCGCAAAGACUUCUGACGACCUCUUCAGCCUUCAGACGCCUCCGGGAAAGACGUUAAUUGUGGGUGCGAGCUAUAUCGCCUUGGAGUGCGCGGGUCUACUCACCGAACUUGGCUUCGAGGUAGUGGUGGCAGUCCGGUCUUUAUUGCUACGCGGCUUCGAUCGCCAGUGCGCGCUCAAAGUAGGACGGUGCAUGCGCGAAAUGGGAGUAACCUUCAUGGAGGGGGUCUUGGUGGAGAAGAUCGAAAAGACGCAGGAGGAGAAACUUCGCGUCACGCUAAGGGGAUCCUUGGAUGCAGAUCGAUUGGAGCACAUGGAAUUCGAUACUGUCCUUUACGCAACCGGCAGAAGCGCAGACACCAAAGGGCUCAACUUAGAGGAACUCGGCGUCAAAUGCAGUGCCGAGGGUCGCAUCAUUUGUACUGAAGGCUCUGCAACCACAAGUCCUUCCAUUUACGCAGUUGGCGAUGUUGUAGAAGGCUUCCCAGAGUUGACCCCUGCUGCGAUACAAGCGGGAGAAAUCCUCGCACGGAGGCUUUUUAAAAACAGCACGGAACUUAUGAGCACAAACAACGUACCCACGACCGUGUUCACACCCGUCGAAUAUGGAUGUGUCGGACUAUCAGAAGAAGCCGCGAUCGAAGAGCACGGCGAUUCGAACAUCGAAGUGUUUUUGACGGAGUUCUGUCCCCUGGAGUUGUCAGCCUGCCAUCGGCAGAAGGCUCCCUCCUCACGCUUGGAUGAGGCCGACAUUGAUUUAACCCCCCCUUGCUUGGCGAAACUCAUUUGCCUGAAGAGCGAGAACAUGAAGGUGAUUGGCGUGCACUUCGUUGGUCCCAACGCCGGAGAAGUUAUUCAGGGCAUGGCCAUCGCCGUGCGACUUGGCGCAACCAAGGCUGAUUUCGACAAAACCGUGGGCAUCCACCCAACGAACGCCGAGUGCUUCACACAGCUCUCGAUCACUCGCCGGAGCGGAAAAAAUUGGAUGGCCGCUGGAGGGUGUGGUGGUGGAAAAUGCGGCUAA